UGGAAGGUAACAGCAAACCAUUAGAUAUCAAAGUUGCAGGAUCACGUUAUCUAUCAGUAUUUGGUCAUGUCAUUGACGAUAUUGGAAAAAAAGGUGUACCAAACUUUUUGCCUCCAGUAUAUCACCAAAACCGUGUCAACAGAGAUAAAUCUGAACAUUAUCAUAUCACUUUAGCAAAUCAUAUUGAACUGAAGCGAUACAUGGAAGAACACAACCUACCUAAAGGUCAAAGUAAUCUUCAUCUCGAUGCAAUGGUCAAAGAACUUGUCAAUGUUUUUGGUGAUCCUAUGACUUGGGAACAACCUGUGGAUCUAGGUUUGGGACGUCUAAAGAAGAAGAAGAAGGACAAGCAAAAGAAGAAAAGGAAGGACUCUACUGAGACAAAUGAAGAUAAUAGCAAGGAGACAUUAUUAACGACUGAAAAGAAAUCAACAGAAACAACAGCAGUAACAACAACAAAGGGGAAAGAAAAGACAACAACAACAACGACAACGACAACAACAUCUAUUAACACUACUACGAUCUCUACUGCCAAUGACACUAAAACAGAUAAUAACACUUCAGAAGGAAGAAUGGAAAAGGAAAAUCGAAUGCAUGUCAGUUACUUCCGCGUGAUAUAUUGGCCUUUUGGACAAAAGUUACGGCAACAUUUCGGUUUACCUCCAUGUCAUUUCCAUAUUACUAUUGGUUUUGAUCCCAAGGAUAUUCAUACCCACAAAGGUCCCAACACUCUUUUGCUAAACAAUCUUCAACUUGGUGAUCCUCAAAUCGACAGGUUGAUCAAGACCGCCAAACAUUAUCCAGAGGAAACACAAUUCUUACAACGAUUCCAUGAAUUUUUAGAAAAACAUCAAAUGGGACAUCUGGCAGAACCAUGGCUACAUCAUAUUCCUCCAGCGACAGAAUCAUCUGAAUCAGAAAACAAAGCACAACAAACAAAAUUGAAUGGAAAGGAAGAUUAGUUUAGGAAUAGAUUAGCUCAAUAGAAAUAUACCUUCCCUUUUUUUAUUAUUAUUAUUAUUAUCAUCCCCUUUAUAUAUAUUAUCAUAGCAUAGUAAUUCAUUCUCUUUAUUCACUAUCAUCGAUCCUUGUCACUAUUUAUCGCCAUUGAUAUUACAUUUUGUUCUUUUUAUGAAAUAAAGAAUCAUACAAUAGAUCACAGUUUAAAAAAAAA